AUGGAUUCUUUAUUUCACGUCCUGGUUUCUACCUGCCUUGCCUUGACAUUCUCAGAGGGGUUUCUGAUUAUCCAUGUCCAGAAACAGCAGUGUCUUUCAGAAAAUAGAGGAGUCAUUAUGGAAAAGUGCAAUAUGACCAACCUCAACCAGGAAUGGCAGUGGACAGCAGAUGACAAGCUCCUCCAUGUGAAAUCUGCCCAGUGCCUGAGCAUCUCUACCCGCUUUGCCCUUUCAUCUCGCAGCAUCAUUGUUGAUUGUCUCGAGGCAGUCAGGUGGACUUGCCAUGAGGAGGACGGGCUCCUUACGGUGGCCAACAGCUCUCUCUUUCUCACAAAGCAAGGCCAGAAGGUAAUGGCCAAGCAGAGUAAGAAAUACCUUCACAGAUGGAGGCAGCUAGAAGCCAGAGAGACAGGAAAACCUGUGUAUGUAAAUCUGUGCUCAAAGCAAGGUCUCCAAGAUGCAGAAAUAUCUGCAUGGAGUACUAGAACUACAUCCCACCCUUUAGACGUUGUUACCUCUAGGCCUGAAAAUCUGCUGAAGAGUAGCACAGAGAUGUUCAUCAGAAAUGUGACUGAACACUUCAGUAAAAAUCUCAUUGAAAACCUCUACUUUGACUUGAAAUCUGCAGUAACAGAGAAAGCCUGGAUUCCAACCACUACUCGUCAAUAUUCUAGCACUACAGAAGAGGCCGUGCCGGGGGAGGCGGCAGGAUGCAGCGCCAACCUGACGGAGCGGCGCGUCGCCGGGCAGAGCGUCCGGCUGCGGUGGGACGCCGCGGACCGAGCUUGCAACUUCAGCCUGAGCGGGCGCUCCGAGGACGGGGAGGCGGUCGGCUGCCAGCCCACCCCGACGGGCAACGGCUCCUACGGCUGCACCGUUAGGGGCCUGGAGGCCGGGACCUGGUACCUGCUCCGCAUCGAGCCGCUCGCCGGCGGGGAUGCUGUCAACAUCUCCGUGCAGACAGAUCCAUUAUUGCCACCUCGUUUUGAAAUUAAUAAGGAAAAAACUACAUUUACAAGCUUGAAGGUUCAGUGGGAACCUUCCUCAGGAAGGGUGGACUGGUAUAACCUGGUGUUAUUUGAUCAUGAUAAUAAAAAGAUACAAGAAGCGGCCAUACCAGGAAGAAUUUCAGAAACAGAAAAUACUUUUUCUAGUCUCAUCCCUGGGAAUAAAUACAACAUUGUCCUCACUGCAGUUGCUGGAAAUAAGAGUACCCCAGAACUUCACAUAAGUGGAUCUACAGUGCCAUCCCCCGUAAAAAAUAUUCAGAUCAGUGUCAAAACAGACACUAUCCAUGCUUCAUGGUCUCCUGGCUCUGGGCACGUGGAUCGUUACAGACUGCUAUUGCUGGAUAAUCAUGUUCCGGUUCAUGAAGUUCACCAAGAAGAUCCUCUGACCUCCUACACUUUUUCAGGACUUACAGCGGGUCACCUCUAUAACCUCUCUAUCAUAACCCAGGCUGCAGGUUUGGAGAGCAACAGUUUUCAAACAGUCAGGACAGCCCCAGAUGAAGUCUUAGAUUUGACAGUGACUAGCGAUGACAGCUCAGAUGUUUUAAAAGUUAAGUGGCGAAGACCUUCAGGAAACCUCGAUUUCUAUAAUAUCACUCUGUCUCAUCUUGGAUCAGUUAAAGAAGUCAAAACUCUACAGCCACCAGUCACAGAGACUCACUUUGACAAGCUAACUCCAGGACGUCUUUAUCAGGUUACUGCCCGCACAGUCAGUGGUGAACUGUUCACUGACCAGGUGGCAUAUGGCAGGACAUUUCCACAGAAGGUUUCAGAGCUGGAAGCCGGUGCUGGAGGUUGGCUGAGGUCUCUGCGAGUGAAGUGGCUGCCCCCUGCGGGAGACUGGGAGAGGUACCACCUCCUCCUGUGGAACCGCUCUGCCCUGGUGCUCAACACCACGCUCGAGAAGGACACCAGCGAGUACCUCAUCCACGACGUGGGCCUCAUCCCGGGGAGACAGUACAGUGUGGACCUCUUUGUGGAGAGUGGUGAUCUGCGGAGCAAGACUAGCUGCACAGGGAGAACAGCUCCAGAGCCUGUUCUUCAGCUUCGUGUGAAGCAUGCUAAUGAAUCUUCACUUAGUGUCAUGUGGAUGACCCCUGCUGCGGAAUGGGACAGCUAUGUGGUCUCACUAGGAGACAGGGAUCUCACUGUCAUCAAAAAAGGGCUUGCAAAAGAAGCUAAGGAAUUCACUUUCACUGACUUGGUACCUGGAAGAAAAUACACAGCCACAAUCACUACUAUUAGUGGGAGUUUAAGCAACUGGACUUCAGUGGAAGGAAGAACAGUGCCAGCCCAAGUGACAGAUCUGACCGUGGCAAGUCAGGGAUCAACCAACAGCUUGCUCACCAACUGGACCGGAGCACUGGGAGAUGUAGACUCAUACCAAGUGCUACUGAUUCAUGAGAAUGUUGUCAUUAAAAAUGAGACUGUUCCCAGUGAAACCAACAGAUAUCACUUCUAUGCCCUGAAACCUGGAGGACUCUAUUCAGUUGUUGUCACCACUGUCAGUGGGGGAAUAUCUUCAAGGCAAACGAUUGCAGAGGGGAGGACAGUUCCUUCCAGUGUGACUGGAGUAACAGUAAAUAACUCAGGUCGCAGUGACUACCUCAGUGUUUCUUGGCUGCCAGCUUCUGGAGAUGUAGACAGUUAUUUGGUAACACUCUCUCAUGAUGACCAGAUUGUUCAGACUCUCACUGUUUCCAAAUCCUUCAGUGAAUGCUCCUUCAGCAGCCUUACUCCUGGGACACUUUACAAUGUGAUGAUAACCACGAAGAGUGGGAAGUAUGAAAAUUACUCUUUCAGCCAGGAGCGAACAGUCCCUUCAAGUGUUCAGGGACUUACUGUCAGCAAUUCAGCCAGAAGUGACUACUUGAAGGUGUCCUGGUUACAUGCCUCUGGAUAUUUUGAUAAUUAUGAAGUGAUCAUCAAGAACAACAAUGAUUUCAUCCAAACAAAAAGUGUCCCAAAGGAUGAAAAUGAAUGUGUGUUCACUAAACUGGUCCCAGGGAGGCAGUACAGUGUCACGGUCAGCACAAGGAGUGGAAAAUAUGAAACUAGUGAAAGAGUCUAUGGCAGAACAAUGCCAGAGUCAGUGAAGGAACUGACUCUUAGUAACAGGAGCACAGAAGAUCUGCAGGUAACUUGGUCAAAGGCUGAGGGUGAUGUUGAUAAGUAUGAGAUUCAGCUGCUCUUCAAUGAUAUGAAGAUCUUCCCACCUAUUUUCCUUGGGAACACCAUUGAGGAGUAUUGGUUCACAGCUUUGACUCCAGGACGUCUAUACAAAAUUCUUGUCUUGACCAUCAGUGGAGAUGCACAACGUGCUACCUUCAUAGAAGGCCUGACAAUUCCAAGCAUGGUCAGAAACAUUCAUGUAUCCCCUAAUGGCAUGACAAACAGCCUGAAAGUGAGCUGGACUCCUGGAAGUGGAGAUGUUGAUUCCUACACAGUGACUAUAUUUCAGCAAAACCAUCAGCUUGAUUCCCAGAGUGUCUCUAAACAUGUGUCUGAGCACAUGUUUCACAAGUUGGAAGCUGGGGAGCAGUACCGGGUGGUGGUGCAAACCAACAGUGGCACCUUGCACAACAGCUUAGCAGCUUUUGGGAGAACAGUUCCAGCCUCUGUCCAGGAAUUAUUGGCCCAUCAUGCUUACAGCAGUCAUUCCUUGUUAGUAACCUGGCAGAAAGCUCCUGGUGUAGCUGAAAGAUAUGACAUUCUGCUCUUGAACGAGCAAGGAAUCCUCCUGAGCAACAAAUCAGAGCCAGCUACUGCCAAACAGCACAAAUUUGAAGAUUUAUUAGCUGGCAAGAAGUAUAAAAUACAAGUUUUGACAGUUAGUGGUGGCCUCUUCAGUAAACGAGCAGAAACUGUUGGGCGAACAGUUCCAGCAGCAGUUACAGAUCUGAAGGUCACAGAGAACACCACUGACCGACUGUCCUUCAGCUGGACUACCUCGCAAGGAGAGCUUGAUUCAUAUGACAUCUUCCUGUACAACCCAGACAAGUCCCUUCAUGACAGGAUUUCAGGAGAGCAGCACCUCCAACAGUGUUCAUUCCAGAACCUGCGGCAAGGCAGGAUGUAUCGAAUGGUGAUCGUUACCCACAGUGGGGACCUUACUAACGAGUCGUCUGUCUUUGGAAGAACAGUACCAGCCGCGGUUGUUGGUCUCAAGGCAUCCAACCGAAACAUGACAGACAGUCUGUGGUUCACCUGGGGUCCAGCAGCAGGAGAUGUUGACUUCUAUGAGCUCAAUCUUUACAACCCAAAUGGGACACAGAAAGAAACAUGGCAGAGGAAAGACCUGAAAGAGUGGCAUUUCCAGGGGCUCAUUCCUGGCAGAAAGUAUACUCUAGUUGUGGUGACUCACAGUGGUGACCUGACCAACACAGCACAUGCUGAAGGAAGAACAGCACCCAGCCCUCCUAAUACCGUGUCAUUCACUGAUGUUGCAAACACUUCUUUAUCAAUCACUUGGCUGGGUCCUCCAGACUGGACAGACUACGAUGAUUUUGAGUUGCAGUGGCUUCCAAAGGAUCCCCUCACAGUAUUCAAUCCCUACAGCAGCAGCAAAUCAAAAGUACGCAUCAUCUAUGGCCUGCGACCAGGAAGACUUUAUGAUUUCAGUGUCAGAACUGUCAGUGGUGACAGCUGGAAGACAUACAGUCAGUCUCAACUUGCAAGUGUGAGAACAAAACCAGACAAGAUACAAAGUCUUCAUUGUCGACCCCAGACCUCUACUGCCAUUGCCUGUUCCUGGACUCCUCCUGAUUCUGACUUUGAUGGGUACAGUGUCGAAUGCAAGAAGAUGGACACUCGUGAGGUGGAAUUUUCUAGAAGGAUAGACAAAGACAAGUCUCUGCUCAAUAUCAUGACCCUUGUUCCCCACAAGCAGUACCUGGUGUCCAUCAAGGUGCAUUCUGCAGAUAUGACAAGUGAAGUCGUUGAAGACAGCACCAUCACAAUGAUUGAUCGUCCCCCUCAGCCACCUCCAGACAUACGAGUGAACAAAAAAGAGGUGCUGAUUACCAAAUCUUCUAUCAACUUUACUUUUAACUGCAGCUGGUUUAGUGAUACUAAUGGAGCUGUGAAGUACUUUACUGUGGUUGUGAGAGAGGCUGAUGGUAGUGAAGGACCAAAGCCUGAUGAGCAGCACCCAUUACCUUCCUACCUGGAGUAUAAACACAAUGACUCUAUACGCAUCUACCAAACAAAUUAUUUUGCCAGUAGAUGUGCUGAAAACCCUGACAGUGAUUAUAAAAGCUUUGACAUUAAGCUUGGAGGAGAAAUGGAAAAUCUAGGAGGAAGGUGUGAUCCAGAUCAGCAAAAAUUCUGCGAUGGACCUCUAAAACCUCGGACUGCUUACAGGAUCAGUAUACGGGCCUUUACCCAGCUCUUCAGUGAAGACCCAAAGGAACUCCCUAAACCGCUCUUCUCAGACACCUUCUUCUCUUUACCAAUCACUACAGAGGCAGAGCCUCUGUUUGGAGUCAUUGAAGGUGUGAGUGCUGGCUUGUUUCUGAUUGUGAUGUUAGUGGCUGUUACAGCUUUAUUUGUCUGCAGACAAAAGGUUAGUAAUGGCCACGAGAGACCUACAGCAAGGCUGAGCAUUCGGAGGGACAGGCCACUGUCAGUGCAUCUGAACCUGGGGCAAAAAGGGAACCGGAAAACUUCCAGUCCAAUCAAAGUCAGUCAUUUUGAAGCACACUUCACCAAACUUCAGGCAGACUCCAACUACCUCCUGUCCAAGGAGUAUGAGGACUUGAAAGAUGUUGGUCGAAACCAGACGUGUGACAUAGCACUUCUGCCAGAGAACAGAGGGAAAAAUCGAUACAAUAAUAUAUUGCCCUAUGAUACAUCAAGAGUGAAGCUUUCCAAUGUGGAUGAUGACCCUUGCUCAGACUACAUUAAUGCAAGCUACAUACCAGGCAACAGUUUCCGUAGGGAAUAUAUAGCGACUCAGGGCCCUUUGCCUGGCACCAAAGAUGAGUUCUGGAAGAUGGCAUGGGAGCAAAAUGUUCACAAUAUUGUCAUGGUAACCCAGUGUGUUGAGAAGGGCCGGGUGAAGUGUGACCACUACUGGCCCCUUGACCAGGAUUCCUUGUACUAUGGAGACCUGAUCGUUGAGAUGCUAUCUGAAUCGGUGCUCCCAGAAUGGACAAUACGAGAGUUUAAAAUCUGCAGUGAAGAGCAACUUGACUCAACAAGGCUCAUUCGUCACUUCCACUACACUGUCUGGCCAGACCAUGGUGUGCCAGAGACCACCCAGUCCCUGAUCCAGUUUGUCAGAACUGUAAGGGAUUAUAUUAACAGGACCCCAGACACAGGACCAACUAUUGUGCACUGCAGUGCUGGUGUUGGCAGGACUGGCACAUUCAUUGCACUGGACCGAAUUCUGCAGCAGCUGGAUUCAAAGGACACUGUUGACAUUUAUGCAGCAGUACACGAUCUAAGGCUCCACCGGGUUCACAUGGUUCAAACAGAGUGUCAAUAUGUGUAUCUACAUCAGUGUGUGAGAGAUGUGUUAAGAGCCAGAAAACUUCGCAGUGAACAGGAAAAUCCCUUGUUUCCAAUAUAUGAAAAUGUGAAUCCAGAAUAUCACAGAGGUAAGUGCUGGUUUGUCAAAUUGUAAAAUGUUUUGAAAGUAGUAGCUCAUUAACACUGUAAUUGAGGGGGAAAUUGUGCUAUCGGUUGCCAUCAGUAUUUGUUCUCUUCCUGGGCCUUCAUAUCUUCACUCCUCUGCUUUUGUCACUCUCGCAAUUACAUCUUUAUUUCCUCCAUUAGUAGUCAUUAUAACAUCUUUUCCUGCUCCUUCCUUACCUUCAUGCUUUCCCUGUCUCACACUUCAUGAUUCCUAUGCUCUUGAAGGGAACUGAAUCCCUUCUGUAUCAUGAUUCUGACUUCCUCCUUUAUCUCACCAGUGUUUACACCAUCCACUUUUAAGCAUACUGAGGCCACUGGAUGAGAAGGGCCACUGGGCCCUUCUCUCAUUCCUGGAGUUUGCUUUCUGUCCUGAAUCACCCUCAUUUCCUGAUGACUAUCUAGGCAGCAUUAGUCUUCCCAUCUGCUUUGACUGGGUAAUGUAGGUGUACAAGGCUGUACUCUUUGUUUCUUCCCCAACUUGCCAUCCUUGUAGGCUUUUUUUCCUAGCCUGUGUCCAGUCUCUUGGCAAUAAGAAUUGCAGCAGUAGCAAACCUGGCACUAGCACUGCUCUUCACCUCCUGUUCUCAUGGCCAGAGGACCAGUCUGGAGAAGCUGUGAGCAGAGGUGGCCUGUGUGUCCUGGUAGAGCUGAUUCUUAAGGUCUGUAGAAGUUUCCAGUCAGAGAGCAGGAUCUCAGUAGCUUCUCAGAUUUGGAGAUUAAGAACUGAGAUUAAAUGACGAGAGACCAAAAUAAUUUUCUUGAUUUAGCCUGUGGAAAUCAGAGUUGUCAUCAACAGGUAGAGCAGGCUUGGAGGAGGAGGCCAGCAACUGAAAUAUCCAGGGUUCCACAAGUUGGGAGUGCUAGCAAAAGCAGAAGUGGGAUCUGCUCUUGAGCUGUCACAUCAGUCACCAGCCAGUGUUGUAAUGAGCUGGCAGAGUUGAACGUGAAGCCAGCUGGGUGGUUUUAUUUUUCCUAAUCUCAUUUUUCCUUGCUUUCAGAUGCUGUUUAUUCAAGGCACUAAGAAUGUUACAGACAUCUGCUUUUGUGACCACAUGUAUUAACUAGGGGUUUUGUUUGGGUUUUUUAAAUGUAUGUAUUUUAUGCACCAGGAAGGUGCCAGACCUUUCUGUUGAGACUGUGUAUAAUUUAUUGGUCUGGUAAUUUUCUGAAAGAUAUUUAAGUGUAUUAGAUAUUAAUGUAUAUAAUUGUAUUUUGGCAUUAUGUAAAUAUGUAUUUUUUCUAUCUUGUUAAUAUUAAGCUUCAGAUAAUACUAUUUUUUUCUUAUCACAGUUUUUAUGAACUAUUCUACAGAAACUAUUUUAGAUUGUAUGGCUGACAGGACUGCUGCAUUUAGGGCAGUAUUGGCAGGAAACACAAAGGAAAAAUCCUAUAAGGAGGACCUCAUUUUUUUAUCUAGUUCAGUGUUUGUGAGAUGAAAUAAGCUACUAUAAAGCAAGGGAACAGUAGUCCUGUAUAGGAAUUACAAUGCUACUCUAAACUUACUGCUUUUGAUCUGACAAAAAUGGGUAUAACCCAUAACACAAUGGCAUACUUUUAACAGAAAUCAUCAACAGCCAAGCAAAACAGGGUCCACCUCACUGGAAGCAACUGUUUCAGUCUAAUGUGACAUAGUAGAAAAAUAUCAAACAACAUGCACUGCCGUGAAGUCUAGCAGACCUUUCCUCCCUCAAAUGCUCUGAGGGGAGACAGGUCACAUUCUGGUUUCUUUGCACUGGUUUAAGAGAGCAGAAUCAGAGCACAGCCUGUGUCUGUGCAUUUUCACAUGAAUAAAAAAGAUCACACCUCAAGGAAACGCCUCAGACAUUCAUGUUAACAGACCUGUAAUGAUGUGAAGUCUGGCAGCUUCCAUAGCUCAUUAAAAGCAAUGCUGUACCAAGACAGCUAAAAAAGUGGAGAGAUUAUGAACACACUGAAGACAGAUAAAGGUAUACAUCCCAUAGGAUACACAACUGGCUUUGGUCUUAAGCUGCUUGCAGCACAGCUGCCUUGGCCCAAGUACUGGUCUACUUCAAAUGCUGCUUGCUUUCACAAAGGGAAAGCAUCGCCCAAGCAUGUCCUCGUAGAAAGAUUCCUCCAUUUCAGUGUUGCCUGAUGUCACCGCUGCAAGGGCAACUGGAGCAGAAAAAAACUCAUCGGUAAAAAAAGGGGUGUAGGCUGGCAGGGCUGUGAAAGUCAUGGGAUGACUCAAAGCAGUUAGUGAUGAGCAGGAAGCACAAAGACCACUUGCCAGGUAUCCUGCCCAGCCAAGCAGAUUAGGCACAUUCUCUCUCCUCUGCGAAGAGGCUUCUUACUCAAGGGACUGAAUACUCUGUUCAGUAAUUCUUUGUCUUUACAAACUGCUGUUAAACCAAUAGAGAAGAGGCAGUACACAGUUCUUCUCCAUCACAAAAAGAAGGAAGGGCUUUAUAGGUCUUCUUUAUGUAUCUACACAUACUUCACCAAGAGAAAUCUUAGCCUGCUGCUGAAGUGCCUAAAUUCAACUUUUAUUUUGGAGAGAAAUAUUUCUGAAGGCCUCCUUAGAACCAGCCAAUACACCUAAGUGCCUAACUGAGGAGCUGCUACAGCUAUGGUCCAAGACUACUGUGAUUUCACCAUGACAUUUUGGAGCCAUGCUCUCCUUGCAGUAGGAACACCUGCCUGGCAAUGCUGAAGACAUCUGCUAGGCAGAUCUGACAUAGUUUUCUUAGAUUGUUCCAGCAGAAACAGCAGGACCAUACACAUCCAGGUCAGUCUGGUUUUCCUAGAGAGAAGGAAACAUUCUGAAAGUCACUUGUCCUUCCGACUCCAUCUGGAGUCUCAUCCUUUCUCGACCAAACACGCUCAUGUGCCUCAGUAGGCACCAUUCGUGUUGGCUUUUACAGCUGCUCAGAACAUGUAAGCUUAGUUAACCUUUUAGGUGUCACUGUAUGAAAAUACUGCUCAUUCCUCUUGUACAUUCUCUUUGGCCUCACACAAACC